UCUGGAUCACCUCCCCGCGUGCUUUCCACUCAGCAGGUAAGUUGCCAUGGUGACACACCGGCCCGAAUGAAGAAGUGGUUCUCCGUGCAUGCAUCUCGCUUCACCCGUCCGGAUCUUUUACCCCCAAAACAACAAGAAGAAGAAGAAAGCGAACCGAUUCAGCCGAUGACUCUGGACUCCUUUGAGAACCGGACCGUCUCCGCCUUCACCUCCAAACUGAGCCCAGCUGGUGACAUCUGUUUGGGACUGGCCAUCCUCUCCGUGGUUGUGCUCUCCGUCCUGGGCAACGGGCUGGUUCUGGUGAUCUGCUACCGCAGGAGGAAGAAGAUGGUGGCCUCGGAGCUGCUGUGCGUCAACCUGGCCGUGGUCGACUUCCUCUGCUGCGUCUGCUUCUACCCGCUGUCCGUCACGUCCUCCUUCCGCCACGCGUGGCUGGGAGGAGACGUCACGUGCGUCUACUACGGCCUCGGCUGCUACAUCUUUGGCCUGUGCGGCAUGUUCACCGUCGCCGCCAUCAGCGUCGUCCGCUACCUGCAGACCUGCCGCAGCCUGGCGUACGGCGCGUGGUUGGAAGGAGCCAACAUCCAAAUCGGCUGCUGUGCCCUGUGGCUGGUGGCUGCCGUGUGGUCCAGCUUCCCUCUGUUCGGCUGGGGCGAGUACGUCCCCGAGCCGUACGGACUGUCCUGCACCAUCGCCUGGCGGGCCUACCACGCCUCGGCCAAGGACACCUUCUACGUCCUCUGCUCCUUCGCCUGCUUCACGAUGGUUCCCGUCCUCCUCAUCGUGGCGUCCCAGUGUCAGAUCCUCCGCAAGGUGUCCCGCUUCUCCGGCUCGCUGUCUGCGCGGGGCAUCCGCAACAACCUGAGGCGCGCCGAAAGGCGCCUCUCUGUGAUGUUUUUCUGCAUCAGCCUGGGCUUUGUGGUCGCCUGGGCGCCGUACGCCGUGGUCUCCUUUCUCUUCAUUUUCCACAAGGAGCGCCUGUACAUGGCUCCUGGGGGCUUCGUGUUCCCCGCCCUCUUUGCCAAAAGCUCCCACGUCUACAACCCUUUCAUCUACUUCUACUACAACAAGACCUUCCGGCGGGAGCUUCGCCACCUGCUCCCCUGGUGGUGGCCCGUGCCGGGGUGGAACCGAGUGCGCGUCCACACCCCUGCGGAGCUCCAGUACCCCAUCCACAUUCAGCUGCAGGACAGAGCCGCCGUCCAGAAGAGGACCUUUGGUCUGUCCCAGGACGGGGGGAAGGGGAGGAGGAAAGGCCGAGCGGCGCAGAGCGACAGCGGCCGCGUCCCGGGCAGGCCGGUGUACACCUGCUGGGGCUCGCCCGCCGAAAGAAGCCCCCGCCAUCUUGGACAAUGAAGUCUCCGAAGGCUCUCUCCGAGUCUUGGAUAUGAAUCAAACCUCGGUUAUUCUGUUGAAACAAGAAUGUUGAUUAAAAUUGGUAGCUGCAUCCCUCCUGUAGUUUCAGUGUUAGACAUUCACGUCCAACAUGGAAACCAACGGAUCCAACUGUAAUCCCUACUCGCUAAAUGCAAAUGUAAUGGUGUAAUUUAUUGUAUAACUUUGCAUUCCGUUAUUAGAUUUCACUGAAAACGUGCUGUGCCUUCUGAGUUCAUGUAAUAAUAAUGUUUUGAAAUAUCAGCUCAUUUUUUUUCUUUUCAUUUCAGCAUUUCAGCCUGAAAUAUGUUUUUUCAUUCAGUUUAUUCAAUUACUGUUGGAACGUUCUGCUCAGUCUUCAAAUACCAAGCAAAUAUCAUUCAGUCCUUUUCCCUCCAAUAGAUUUUUACAUUACAUUACAUUUCAUUUAGCUGACGCUUUAAUCCAAGGCGACUUACAAUAAGUGCAUUUCAACCAUGUUAGUGUCGGCUUCUAUAGUUUUAUCUGUAAUGUUUUGUUGCCAAAUAUAUAUUGCAGGAUAAGCAUUCCCUUAAUCUUCUUACUAUAUUCUUCUUUGAAUGUUUCCAUGUAAGUUUUGAUGUAUUUUUCCAGAAUGUUACGUGUCUAAUGCAGCAUUUCAAUGUUAAUUUGAGCACAAACUCACUGUAAGCUUUUAGCUUUGAGAUAUUAACAGAGUAGUCUCACUUGUGCAUUUCUUAUUGCAAUGUUUUUUCUCUCUGCAGCACUUGAUGUCCUUUCCCAUGUCUCUUGUGAUGUUGAAAUCAUAUCAAAAAUGUAUUUCUACAAUGCAAAGAAUUGGAAACAUAUCAAAGUAUAUAUAUAGAAAAUUGAUAAAAAAAACUGCAGAAUGAAAUCAAAUACAU